AUGGCUUUAAAAAGAAUAACAAAGGAAUUACAAGACUUAAAUAAAGACCCUCCUACAAAUUGCUCCGCCGGUCCAAUUGGUGAUGAUCUAUUUUUCUGGCAAGCAACAAUAAUGGGCCCCGGGGACAGCCCAUAUGAAAACGGGGUUUACUUUCUUAACAUUAAGUUUCCACCCGAUUAUCCUUUCAAACCACCCAAAAUAAUUUUUACGACAAAAAUAUAUCACCCUAAUAUAAAUACAGCAGGAGCUAUUUGCCUUGAUAUACUAAAAGAUCAAUGGAGCCCUGCGCUAACUAUAUCUAAAGUCUUACUUUCCAUAUCUUCCCUUUUAACAGAUCCCAAUGCUGAUGACCCAUUAGUUCCCGAAAUAGCACAUGUCUACAAAACAGAUAGAACGAAAUAUCAUCAAACAGCCAAAGCGUGGACGCAAAAAUAUGCACAAUAA